AUGGCUACUCUCCAAUUACCGCAACAAGUUCCUUCUCCUGCCCAAGACUCUGAAACCCUCAGAAAAGCGUUCCAAGGAUGUAUAACCGAUGAAAAGGCUAUGAUUAAACUAUUGGGUCAUAGGAAUGCAGCACAAAGAAAGAACAUUGGAGACACUUAUCAGGAAUUAUACAAUCAAUCUCUCGUUGAUUCUCUCAAUUCUAAGCUUUCUGGUGAUUUUGGUAGAGCAGUGAUGUUGUGGACAUGCGAACCACUAGAAAGGGAUGUAAGGAUACUCCACAAAGUGUUGAAUUCAAAGCAAAUAGGCAUGAAUGAAUUAGCAAUAAUCAUCGAAAUUUGUUUUACAUCGUCUCCAUCCCAUUGGAGGGCUAUAAGAGACUGCUACAAUUCCCUAUUUGAAUCUAACUUCCAUCAUGACAUGAGUUCUUAUAUUGUCCCACGAUCAUUUGAAUUGAAUCUACUUCGGUUUAUAAUGCCUUUCAGGAAAAGUUUGCCAACUGUAGAUUUGGAUUCGGAUAUCAAGGAUACUGGGGAUGAUAUGUUGGAUUCUUUGGUGAAAAUAAUGAUUAGAUGCAUUGUUUCCCCUGAGAAAUAUUUGGCGGAGGUGAUCAGAGCUGCAAUGUAA